GCGAGUUUCCCAUGGUGCCCCGCGGGGCGCCUAUUCUAACUGCAGGGAGGAGAGGGAGUCAGUCCUGAUGGCGGCGUCGGAGCCAGAAGUCCUGUCUCCGGUGGCAGUCCUUGAUAUGGAAUGGUAUGAGAAGUCCGAAGAAACUCACGCUUCCCAGAUAGAACGACUUGAGAUGGCAUGUGCCCAGGAACCUCCCAACCCUUUGGAGCCGUUUUGCGCAAGAGAUUGCAUGGUGCCGGUGGUGUUUCCCGGGCCUGUGAGCCAGGAAGGCUGCUGUCGGUUUACCUGUGAACUUCUAAAGCAUAUCAUGUACCAGCGCCAGCAGCUCCCUCUGCCCUACGAACAGCUUAAGCACUUCUACCGAAAACCGUCUCCCCAGGCAGAGGACAUGGUGAGGAAGAAACCUCGGGCCACUGCUGAAGUGAGCAACAGAAAAUGCCAACAAGCCCUGGCAGAACUGGAGAACGUCCUCAGCCACCUAGAGGGCUUCUUUGCCCGGACCCUAGUACCACGAGUGCUGAUCCUUCUUGGGGGCAGUGCCCUAAGCCCCAAGGAGUUCUACGAACUCGACUUGUCCCGACUGGCACCUGACGUCGUGGACCAGGGCCUGAGCACAGCAGCUUGUCUGCGCCGUCUCUUCCGAGCCAUUUUCAUGGCUGACGCCUUUAGCGAGCUGCAGGCUCCUCCGCUCAUGGGCACCAUCGUCAUGGCACAGGGGCACCGCGACUGCGGAGAAGAUUGGUUUCGACCGAAGCUUAACUACCGAGUGCCCACCCGGGGUCACAAAUUGACUGUGACCCUGUCCUGUGGCAGACCUUCUAUCCCAGUCACGGCUUGGGAGGAUUACAUUUGGUUCCAGGCACCAGUGACGCUGAAAGGCUUCCAUGAGUGACUGCGAGUGCUUCUUAAUCAUGAAAACACAAUGGCUGUAUUAAUUCAUUCUUUUUCUCCUAGUGGCAUAAAGUCACCAGCUCUUGCUUGGAGCUGGAUGGGCUUCCUGAUGAGAGAAGAAGGUUCUGUCCAUUUGGCUGUGUCCUCAGACUUCCUGGUGGGGUGAUGGGAUGUGGCUGUGACUAAUAAUCAUCAUUGAACAACA